AACCCUCCCGAAAUCUAGUAAAAUACUAUGAGAAUCAUCAAGAACAGACGAUGUCACCAUAGAAUAUCCUUUGUUGCAGUUUAUAGCAUCCACAACCGUGUUGUUGUCCGUUCUCACCAUCAAAUUAGAGCAUCCCGACUCCGGCGAUGACGGUGGCGCGUCUUCGGCUCGCUUCAGUACUUAUAGUCAUCGCUAGUUGGUCUACGGAUCAGGAUGUAAUUUUUAUUAUUUCCAGUGUUCAUUGUACUGCUAUGAUUGAAGAUAAAUAGAUCGAAAGUUUUCUCCCAAAUAAAAAAUAAAAAUAAAAUUAGAGCAUCCCGUAUUGCUUGCUAGCUUCAGCCCAUCAAGCAAGGCAGUUUUUUGUUUGUUUGAGAAAUACAGUAUCAAGCAAGGCAGCUGCUUCUGCUGUGAACCAGAGAAAGAAAUUUUGGCCCAGUAACACUUUGACCAAAAAACAACCCACGCCCCUGAGCCUCUGCUCUCAGGCAGACACCACGCUUCCUCGAAAAAAAAAAACUAGACACCACACGAACGCGACGCUAGAGCCUGCCCCACGCCCAGCCGCCGUCCGCCCCGUCCCCGCCUCUGCUUGCCUCGCCGCCCUUGCCCGUCGCCGGCCGCCCAUCCUCCCAGGUGGCUCCUCCGCACCUGACUCUCCGUCGCGCCCUCGGCUUGCCCGGCGCUCGGCGCCAGCCGCGCCACCGCCCGUGGCCGCAACCCUGCUGCCCUGCCCCGGCCGCCUGGCGCCCCCGCAGGCCGGCGGCAGCCGCCCACCGCCCGGUCUUCACUCCGGCACUCGGCUCAGCCUGAUUUGAGCUCUGCCCCUGCCAAGCGGUGGUCUCCCUGGCAGUCACUAGAAUUCGCCGGAGGCCAGCAAGUCCCGAGACAUCGCAAAACCUCUCCGGUGAUGGCGAACAUGGUGGAGGACAGUCAAGAUGAUCGGCUCAGCAAGUUGCCUGAUGAUGUUUUGCUCAACAUUGUCGAGCGACUUGGUAUCGUUGACGUCGCACGAACCACCGUCCUGUCCAGACGUUGGAAGCAAAUCCCUGCUAUACUCUCGAAAGUUGUUAUAUUGGCUGGUUCUUUUGAGCCGAAGCACGAAGACUGGAGCAAGUUAACCCCAGAUGAUAUAGUUCGGGCCAACACCACCGUGCUGGAAGCAACCAGGAGCAUACUGGAAAGGAGAGCUGGAAGUCUGUACCCCAUUCACCUGUUGCGCAUGCAAUUCUACUUGGGAGAUGAGUCCAUUUUAAUUGGCCAGACUGUUGCCAACGCCAUAGCAACACAAAAGGUUGAUUCAGCUGAGUUUACAAUCUUGACGAAGGUGCGUAAGAAGUGUACCAAGAAUGAGCUGCUCAUAUAUGGGAAGCAAUUCAUGUCAUUCUUUGAUUCAUGUCCAAACGCAUUUGGUGGUCUUGCACGCCUCACGCUAGAGAAUUUGAGGUUAGGAGAAUCAGGCUUCCCCAAGAUUUUCAGUAUAUGCAAGCAACUGGAGUUCCUCUCCCUCUACGAAUGUGACAUGGGUAUUAAGUCUUUGCUGGAAGUGGAACACCCGCAACUCAGUGAACUAGUGAUUGUCUGUGGCCGUUUUGAGAGGGUUGAUCUGAAGUGGGCACCAAAGCUCACAAAACUGAAGUUUAAUGUGUUUAGAUGUCGGGAUGACCCCUUCUGUCUUGGCUAUGUCCCACUGCUCCAGACUGUGUCCAUCAUUAAUGUUGCUUUCACUUGGCACAAGAUGCUCAAGUUAAGUGAGUUGCUUGAUAAAGCUGCCAUAAGCAACCUGUCUUUGGACUUCAAAAGCGAAAAGAUUUGGGUCAAACCGGAAGGUCGAAGACAAUUGUUACCGGUGUUCCACAAACUCAGUAUUCUGAAUUUGAUUAACAUUGCUGAAGAGUGCGACCUGACUUGGACAAUGUUCUUACUGGAUGGUGCACCCAGCCUUAAGGAACUACACAUCUUGGUGCGGAAUCAUUUAUGUGAAAUGGUAACGGGGAAACGGAGGGAGUUGCCUGUGGUUUGCAAGGAGAAGGACAAGGGACUAGAGUGGGAACCAUCUACAUCUGAUUUCAAGCACCACAACCUGGCUGGGCUCAGUAUCUAUGGGAGGUUUCAUGCAGUAGACAAACUCGUGCGCUUUGCGAGAAAUGUCGUGGAAGCAGCGGUGAAUCUGGAGGACAUAAGACUAUAUAAGAGUCCAGUGUGUGUGAGGUGCAAGUACAUGCUUCAGGAGUGGACAUUUGAGGAGACGUCUUGGCUUCGCUAUGAAUUCAGCAAGGAGAUUCCCUCGCAUGUCCGGAUUCACUUUCCGAGUUUGGGGCAAGUCUUCUGAAAAUAAUAAUGCUCUUGCACUGCAAGCUAAAGUUUACAGACACUGUUGUAUGAUUCAUGGAUUAGUUGUCACUAGUGAACCUUUUCAAUUAUUUGUAUUUUGAGAUGGUACUGAGUCGA